AUGGCCUCCCGCAAAACUAAACUUGACUUGCUAGUCAAAGUCCGAUACCAGAACCCGUUACCCCCACCACCAUGUCCGCCCAAAUUACUGGAAAUACCUACCGACCCGCAUCGGUAUGCGCGUCCGGAGUUUCUGGACAGUCUCGCGAAUGAUGCACCGUUGCCUAUGAUUGUGGAUGGCGAGAUGGGUAUGCCGCUUGACCUUGGACAGUGGGAGGCUCUGUGGGCUGAUGGGACGAGCGACUCCGCAUUGAACCCGGACCCCAAUAACAAGCCUAUACUGGACCCGAGAGAUCAAGCACUACUGGCCGACCCCUCCGGCUCAGGGUACUCCAACGGCGACCUUACUCCCCGCGCUGCUGCACGCGCAAGUGUACCCCAGACGCCCGCAAACGUCACAUGGCUACGCAAAACCGAAUAUCUAAAUCGCGAUACCACUGCUUCCAAUCUAAGACCAGCAACACAGGAACUGGCAACACGAGAAGAACGCGUCGACGUCUCGCGCGACGCCCAACUACGCUCAAUAGCAGCUUCCUUCUCAUACGCCAACGACGACUUCUCCCUCUCCGGCCUCCGGCACCCGACAAAGAAGAACGUGACAGCUGUCGAUUCGUACGAGCUUCAACCAGACGUCUCGAUCUGGGCCAACGCCUACGACAUCUUCCGCUUCUCCGAGCGCCCGGGUAACCGUCUUCCCGAAGAGGACGACCCCCGCCUCGAAAGCGCCGUUAUACGACCGAUGGAAGCCGACGGCGAACAUUACCUGUCGUAUUACUUGUCGAAGGACGACAAGGGGGCUUAUGCGCAUCGGACUGUGAGGGGGGAUGGUGAUUUGAGUUUGCAUGUUGGAGAGGGCGAUAUUGAAGAUGGAGGAACGGAGUUCAGUUUCAUGAGGAAUUAUGAGGCGGUCAAGAUCGAGGCGGAGGUGAACAACGAGUUCUUACUCGUGUACGACGAGGGAGGUGAGGUGGAGGUGCCGGCACCGCCUAAUGGGAGCACGGUCGAGGUCAGAGGGAAGGGCGCGUACUUCAAGGGCAUCGAGAGGAAGAUGCUGCUCAAGAAGAAGAGGCAAGACCCCAACGAAGUCGACGAAGAUAGGUGGACGCUCGUGCAUAUACUCCACGAUCCUCCCGAAGCGGAGGAUUUGCGCGAGCGCAACGAGCUCAUGGCGGAGGUUCUCGAUCCGGAUUACAGCCUGCAUGCAGACGUGGAUGCGGAAGGGGAAGCAGACGAGGACUUUGCCGUCCCCGCCACGAACGGUGCAGACGUGAAUGGCCACGGCACCCAAGUCGAAGUGGAUGUAUGA